UCUAAGCUCGGGACGAAGGAACACUGGGAUGGCGUAUACUCCUCAGAGUUCACGAACUUCAAGGAGAUCGGGGACGAGGGCGAAGUAUGGUUCGGCGAAGACAGCGUGGAAAAGAUGGUCGACUGGGCCCUCGAUCACGUCCCGGCCGAUCCGGCCCCAUCCAUCCUCGAGGUCGGCGCGGGCAACGGCAACCUCCUCUUCGCGCUGUGCGAAGCGGGGUUCGCGCCCGGGCGGAUGUGCGGGCUGGACUACAGCGCGGACGCGGUGAAGCUCGCGCGGGCGAUCGCCUCAGCCAAACAGCGGGAACAGGAUGCGGAGGAACACGAGGAGGACGCGAGUGUGAAGGGGCCCGGGGCGAUCACGUUCGCUGUGUGCGACUUCCUCGCAGAAGAUGUGCCUGCGCUGGACGGCGUGGAGGGGACGGCGACUUGGGAUCUCGUCCUGGAUAAAGGUACAUUCGACGCGAUGGCUUUGGUGGGACAGAAUGAUCAGGGCGUGAACAUCGCGGAUGGGUACCCAUCUAGAGUGGGCAGGGUGGUCAAGCCCGGCGGUUAUUUCCUCAUAACGUCUUGUAAUUUCACGGAAGAAGAGCUCAAGGCGAAGUUCGCCACGGCGGAGACUGGCCUGGUGUACCACUCACGCAUACCGUUCCCGAGCUUUUCCUUCGGCGGCAAAAGCGGCAACGUCUACUCCAGCGUCGCAUUUCAUAAGCAACCCUAACCAAACACCACUCAAGCCCUACAGCCCCGCGACGACAUCCAUCCCCGUGCGCAACGUAUCCCUCGCCACCUGACUCGCCCACCUGACAAAGCCCUUCUCGUCGCCCAAGGCCUCCCCGCGGAACGCCUCGCCAAUAAAGAAGAUGAGGCCUACCGCGAGGUUCUGCACCCGGGUCGCCUUGAUGAACACCUCUUCGAGCGGCCCGCGGUUCCUCGUCGGGAGCGCGUUCGGGUCGGCGCUGAGCAGCGGGGUGGAGACUUGUGUGCUGACGAAGACCUGUGUGAGGAGCUCCUUGAGGAAGGUGUGCGACUGGGGCUUGAGCACGGUGAAGUCAACGGGCUGUAUCACGCAUGUCGAUCAAUACACUAGUUCAAAAACACUACAUGAAACAACGGACCUUGAGGAUCGCAAACGUGCAGC